GUGACGUCACGAUCAGCUGUCGGAAGGUCCCGAUUUGUGCGGGGGAGCGGCGGGCGCCCGGCAGAACCGCGCGAUCGGCACCGGCACCGGCACUACCUCAGCGCCCCCCGCCGCUCCCUCCCGCCGCUCCCCGUCACGGCCAAGACCUUUGCACUGAAGCCAAGUGAAGAACCUCAGAAUUGCACUACACGCCAUUUAACUCAGCUACAAUUUUGCUAGUAGCAAAGUAUCUCCACCACCACUGAGACCUCGAGUGCUGUUUUUACCCUCCCUGCCCGUUCCUCCCAUCUCCACGCCUGGAAGCCGGUGCUCAACAGUAGCUCUAACUCACCGUUCAUCCCUCUGGACCACUCCCCACCAUGUUUCAGCGUCUCACCAGCCUCUUCUUCAGCGACAGCAAUACGCUGGAGGGCCUGGAGGAGCCCAAACCCUUUGUUGAGGAGGAGGAGGAGGAGGAUGGCUGGCUCAUAAUUGAUCUUGCAGGCAGCCGUGCCCGCCCCGGCGCAGCCCGGCGAGUGGGUGCUGGCGGUACCGGGCACUCAGCACGAUCCCGCCCGGCACCCCCUGCUCCGCUGCCGGCUGCUUCCCCGGCUCCGGCCGGUCCCUGCUUGAUGGACGAGAGUUGGUUUGUCACCCCUCCCCCCUGUUUUACUGCAGAGGGGCCCAGCCCCGGCGGCGUGGGGAGCAGCCCCAUGGAGGACCUGCUCAUCGAGCACCCCAGCAUGUCCGUCUACGUCACCAGCACCCUCGAGGUGGACGGGGAGGGCCCCGAGGACGAUGCUGCCGGGGAGGUGCCGGAGCCCCAGCUGGAGCGGCACAUGCCGCACCACAGCAGGUCCCUCUCGGUGAAGGCCGCCAUCUUGGAGAAGGUCGGGCAGGUGCGGCGGGUGCAGCAGGCCAGGCAGCUGGUGGAGAAGCACCGGCUCAGCCAGAAGGCGCUGCAGCGGCAGAACCGGGCCUGCCAGCGCCCGCUGCGCCGGGCCAAGCAGCAUGUCGGGACCUUCAUCCACCAGCCCUGCCAGCGCCACUGCAACUACUGACCUCGCCGGGACGCCCGUGCUGCCGCUCCCCCCCGCCGCCUCCCCCGGCGGAGGGAGACUUCACCCCCCCCACCCCAACACCAGCUGCCCUGGGUAGCGCCGGCCCCCACGAACACCGGUGAUGCCGGGCUGCGGUUUCACUCCACACCCCCACACCCCUGCACGCCCAGCCUCCCACGCCUCGUCUUCCUCCCCCCGCUGCUCCCCUCACCCUUCGUCCCCGCCGCUGGCCUGGAGGGCCACGCUGCCCCCCUCCACCCUCACAGCCACGCCAGCCUUCGUGUGGGAAAUCGUUAUUCCUGGUGAAAUCACCCAUUUCCGAAAUCCACGGCAAAGCCUGUUUGUCACGACGAGCCUAUGACAUCAGUGCCUUUCUUCAUGAUGUCAUGACGUAUAGCCAGACUGGGAUGUCACAAGCAGAGACACUGAGCGGAAGUGAAAAGAGCAGUGAAGCAACAAGAUUUGGGAUUUUUAGGAAAAUCUCAUCAAGGACACUAAAUAAUGCUUCCUCCCCCCCAAACCAGCAAAUACCCCCUUCCCUCCUUGAUUUCUUAAUUACAUUUUUACCGUGACGAGACAAAAACCCCGCUGCCGGCCCCAAAAGGGCUUGUCAUGGGGGAGACCUGGUGGAAACCUUCGUGGCAGGGUCAGCCGGGCGGCUCGCGGUGCCUCGUGGCGUUUUUUUAAAGACAACCUUAAAAGCAAUCUCAGGAAACAAAGCACCGUCCCAGCACCUCGCCGGACCCCUCGGUCGCCGCGUCGGGAGGGGUGUCCAGCUGGGGCCGGUGGUAGCAUCACCGUGACUGGUGGUCCCGCCAAGCUGCUGGCCGCCUCGUCCGAGCGAGCCCCCUCCUCCUGGUGCCACUCGUCUGCCCAGGCUGCACCUAUAUACAUACGUAUGUAUGCGUGUAUAUAUAUGUCUCUAUAUACUUGGAAGAGGUGCCGGUUAAGCCAAGGAGCGUCGGCUGCCCAGCGUUGACCCCUGGGAGGGGAGCAGAGGCAGGGACCUGCGCAGCUUCCCCAAGGUGGCAAAAGCACAUCGAAGCUGGUGGUGAAGGGAUGCCGAAGAGGAGGCCGGAGGGAAGAGGCUGAAGUAAGGGCAAAGAUGGACCUGGGAGCGGCUGCAAAGGGACAGGAUGGGGCAGGCCUGGGCAGCGGGGCUGGGCAAGAGGGUCGCUGCAGCAGAGCUGUAACGGGGACGCCGUCUUCCCCCACUAAAAAUUGCGUCCUUUCCUGUGAAGGGCCAAAUUGCGUCGUGGGCUACACUGAUUUUUAAUGCACAUCCCUCCAUUCCCCGUGAUGGCCUCGGUCUGCCUUUCCAAGGACACAGUCCGGACUUCCCGCGGGCUCCAGCACCAGCUGAGAUGGCUCCAAACCCAGCAGAAAUUUGCUGAUCCCCUCCUAGCUCCCUCUCUUUAGGCACUGGUUUUGCACCCCGUGCGCCGGGGAAGGUCUGGCCGUCACAUCCUGCUUGUGGCCAGCUCACGGCCUGGAUUCCCACCCUCUGAAACAAGAAACACCCCCACACUCCCCCAAAAGUGCUAAUUUCACAAGAGUUUCUUCCCUUCACCGUGUUACAUCGCUUAAUAUCACCUUGGGACCUGGGUUGAAGGAAUUGUGGUAAGCCCCACCUCAGACAGCUGAUAUUUAUUAAUUUUUUUAAUGAGGUUAACUACAAAAUGAGCCCUCUGAUGAGCACCAGCCCCCAGCUCUGUCCCUGGGAGCCUGGACUGCGUGGGAGCCGGCUGCUGAUGCUCACCUACAGCGUUUAUCUUUUGCUCCGAUGACACAGCGUUCCCAAAAGCACAACAAGAACAAAAAAAAAAACAAAACAAAAAAACCCAAAACCUCACCAUUUCAAAUAUCUCUUUUCAGCCUUUCCCUUUCAAUUCUUCCAGGCCAGUUUCUUGUUUCAAGUCCUCCUGAGACCCGGCGCCC